UGCCUUUUUAUUUAUUUAUUUAUUAAUUUUAUUUCCCUUUUUUGUCCACCAACGACGAGUCGUUUCCACCUUCCUCAUUCUGCAUUCCUUCGCUUCCACCAAUGGGCAAGUACAUGAGGAAAGCCAGGCGCAGCGGCGACGUCGCGGUCGUGGAGUUUGCCUCCUACCAGCCCUCCAUCGGCGUCCGCACCCGCGCCCGGGCCCUCGCAGCCGACGCCUCUACUGCCGCUGCUACGCAGGACUCACCCCUUGCUUAUCUCGAACUACGAAGUCGCCGUCUAGAGAAGACCCUGUCUCCUCCGCACGCAUUCAAGCCCAAGGACACUCCCCCCAAGGAGUCCUCAACAAUAAAGGCUAACCCUAGGAUUAGUCCGCUGAACGCCGGCACGCCGAGCUCGGGGAGGGAGGGGUCCUUUAGGUCCAGGAAUUCAGAAAAGGGGUGCUCGUCAGUUGCGGAGGUGUUGUGCGCCGAGAACAAUAUGGAGCCUGAAUCGAGAGAAAGAGAGACAACACCAUGCAGUUUGAUAAGGAAUUUGAAGACAAUUGGGACACCCGGUUCUUCAACAAGAUCCACCUUUUCGAUUGCCAGUAAGAAGGGUAUGCAAAAUCCUGUCAAGCAAUACAUCCCUUCUAAUCAGGAGACAGAAGAGUUUUUUGUUAGGCUAGAGAAACUUCAGCAACAAAUAUUCAUUGACAAGUACAACUUUGAUCCCGUGAAUGACUGCCCACUCCCAGGACGGUAUGAAUGGAUAAAACCUGACUCCUAGAGAAGAGCACCAUCAUGAUCAUCUGUUCUUUUCUUCAGCUCUUGCUCAUCCAAUUGAUUCUGCCUAGGAUUGAUUCUCUUGAGGUGCAAUGGUGAUGGUUUCUGCAUCAUAUUUUGUCUUGUAAAAUUAUCCCUAAUUUAGGUUAGUCUAAUGGAAUAGGAGGGUUAAUCAGAACUGAUAAGCACUUUCAGGAGCAGCAUGAUGAAGCUUAUUUUAACUUGUGUAAAACUACUAAUGGGUUUUAAUUAAUCGUCUAGAAUUGCUGAA